AUAAAAACGAAAGGAAUUGGCUGAUGGACCUUUGGCCUUCAAUGGUCCAUUCUUCACUUCCCUUGUGUGUACUGAUUUACAAAAUACUAUCUUACAAUGCUUAUUCCAACGUCAACUUCAGAUCUUUGCCCUAGUAAAAUCUUACAGAGACGUGCUGAAAGCUCAGAGGUUUCUACACUGGAUUCGUUUAGAAAUUGGGACACAUGUAUGGACAACAAGACGUGUAAGAUCGUUGCGAUAGUCGGGAUUAUCCUUGCCGUGAUUAUGGUAUUCUGGCUAUUGAGCGGCAUCAUACGCUGUUGCUGUUGUGGUGUUAAAGGUCUCUUUGGUGCACUUUGCUGCUGCAUAAUGUGUUGUAAUCAGGCGAGGGAAAGAGACCGUAUAGAGGAGAAACCUUUGAGACAGUCAGCUUAUGACAAUCCACACAUGUAUCCGAAGCAGGUGGUCUACGACAAUGGCUAUCAGUGGGAGAAUAAUGGUGGAUACAGGCAUUACAACCAACAAGCGACGCAAAUGAACUAUUCACAAGGAACUGUUGAUGGUGGUCGACAUUAUUGAAUGGCACAACAAGCAGAGUGUCAAAAUUUUCAAAUAAGAUAUGGAAUGUAUG